AUGAUGGCUACGAAGGAUCUGGAACUGCAGUUGAUACCCUGUGACACGCUAGACAAAAACACUCAAAGAUGCCGAAUCGGUCCAGGCCUCAUGUCCAGCCUCAGACUUAAUAUUGGUUCACCUGUCCUAAUAUCUACACCCGGAGGUGCCUGCCUGUGCACGGCUUGGCCAAGAAAUGACCUGGCAGAGGGCUAUUUUCAGUUUGAUACUAAAUGUGUUACACCUAAUUUCAGGCCAAUACACAAUCCCUAUCAUUUGAACUGUGAAGAUAUUAGGCCACUGAAUGGUCAGAAACUAAAACGUAUAAAAGUAAAUGUAGUUGUAAAAAGUAGUGAGUUUAAGAAAAGAAUUCCCCCUCAUUUAAUUAAUGACAUUGUGAAGGAAAUUCUCUGUGGUGUUUAUGUGCAUGAGAAGCACAUCAUUGCUGUCAAUUCCUUUGAAACUGAAAUGAUCUGCAUUCACAUUGAGAACGUAAACUCAGGCUCCACUAAGGUAGGUCUUGUCACAGAGAGGACCUGUUUGGAAUUAGCAGCGGUCAUCACUCAUGCAGAACAUAGCAGAAGAAUUGCCCAGGAAUCUUCAAGGAUAUCAAUAGGUGGAAUGGAGGAUGUCUAUGGCUCGCUGAAAGAGCUCAUUCAUUUGCCCCUCUUUUAUCCCAACACCCUAAGAAAGCUGGGUGUUUCGUGCCCAAGAGGAGUGCUGCUAGUUGGGCCACCAGGUGUGGGAAAGACCAUGCUAGUGAGAAGUGUGGUGAAGGAGGUGGGCGCCUCUCUGAUAACAAUCAACGGGCCUGUGAUCCUUGGAUCCAGGCCUGGGGAGAGUGAGGAGAACUUGAGGGCCAUGUUCCAACAGGCUCGGGAAGCUGCUGAAGACGGACCCUGUGUCCUGUUCAUCGACGAGAUAGACUCCCUGUGUCCUAAGAGAGCCGGCUCCUCGAGUGCGCCAGAGAACAGAGUGGUGGCCCAGCUACUGACCUUGAUGGACGGCAUGGUCAGCAGAGACCACUUUGUAACCAUUGGAGCAACAAAUCAGCCGGACACAUUAGAUCCUGCCCUUAGAAGGCCUGGCCGAUUCGACAGAGAAGUCAUCAUUGGUGUUCCAACUCUUACACAAAGAAAAUCAAUCCUGGAGUAUCUGAGUGAAAAGAUGCCCCUCUCUUGCAGUGUUGAUCUGAUCGCUCUGGCUGAAGUGACCACUGGAUACGUGGGUGCUGACCUGAGUGCCCUCUGCAGAGAGGCAGCUCUUCAGGCCAUCCUCCGCUCGCCCGAGGACACAGAUGUGAAAGCCAUCGAAAUGCAGCACUUCCAUGAAGCUCUGAAGACAGUACAGCCUUCUUGUUUAAGAAGCAGUAUUGGCCUGACUGAUUACAAACCAAUCACCUGGGAACAGAUAGGAGGGCUUGAUGAUGUCAAACUCAAAUUAAAACAGAGUAUUGAAUGGCCCAUGAAAUACCCAGAGUCAUUCAUAAGACUGGGCCUGUCGCGCCCCAAAGGGAUACUUCUCUAUGGCCCACCAGGAUGUGCCAAGACCACGCUGGUCAAAGCUGCAGCCUCCUCCUCACACUGUGCCUUUCUGUCUGUCAGCGGGGCGGACCUCUUCUCACCCUUUGUAGGAGACUCAGAGAAGGCCUUGGCUCAGCUGUUCCAUCAGGCAAGAGCCUGUGCUCCCUCCAUUGUGUUCCUGGAUGAGGUGGACACCCUGCUGGGCUCCAGAGGAGACACUCGAGUUCCCCACAGCGUCCAGGCCCAGGUGCUGUCAGUGCUGCUGACCGAGCUGGAUGGCAUUGGCCUAAAGACAAUGGAGAGAAGAGGCACCCAGAGGAUGCUCUGCGUGUCCGAGGAGCGUCCAGAGUCCCAGCAGGAGCAUCAGAUGGAGUAUCAUGAGGUAUGCAACAAGGAUGUGAUGAUUGUUGCUGCUACAAAUCGCCCUGAUGCUUUGGACAGUGCCCUGAUGCGUCCUGGCAGGCUUGAUAGAAUAAUUUAUGUACCACCCCCUGACUAUGAGGCUCGACUGGCCAUACUGAGGAUUUGCACAGAAAAGAUGCCCCUGGAUUCAGAUGUGUCAUUGGAAGAGCUGGCGAGUCAAACAUCCCUCUUUUCUGGGGCUGACCUAGAAAAUCUGUGCAAAGAGGCAGCUCUUUUGACUCUUCAUGAGAAGACUAUGGAAGCUUCCAGAAUCCAGCAAAAAUACUUCAUUAAAGCCUUACAAAAUUCAAAGCCCUCCCUCAGUGCACUCCAAAUGGAAAGUUAUCAUCACCUUUUUACAUGACAGGUGUUCCUAUGACUGGUAUAUUCAAGUGAAAAUGAAUACAAAUUAAGUGUAUGUACAUGUGUGUAAAUAUUUUAUGUUUAUUUAUUAUAAUAAAUGUGUAAAUGAU